AUGGUGGCUGAAGCAGAGGUUAUGUUUCAACAGAGUUUACCGGUGGUUUUGGAUGUACAAUUGUUCGGACCACCAACCGGAGUUAAAGAUAUCGACGGUGUCUCUGCCGUGAAAUCAACAGUUUCUUCGCCGAAUCUGGGUAUUCGUCGCCCGGCGGCGUCGGUGUCCGCCGACAUAUCGACUUCUCUUCCGGGUUUGAAAUCUGAUGAUUCGUUUUCGGAGGAAGAUGAUGAAGAUUGUAGUUCUAGUGUCUCGUUUUAUGUUCCGGUUAUUCGUUCUGGGAGCUAUGCUGAUAUUGGACCUAGGAGAUUCAUGGAAGACGAACACAUUUGCAUAGAUGAUCUAUCUUCUCGACUUGGGUCGUUGCCAAAGCCGAGUGCUUUCUAUGCGGUUUUUGAUGGCCACGGAGGACCAGAAGCAGCAGCUUACGUUAGAAAGAACGCCAUUAGACUGUUCUUCGAAGACGAUAAGUUUCCACAAACAUCGGAAGUGAAUAGUAUAUAUGUCGAAGAAGUCAAGAGUUCUUUGAGGAACGCCUUUCUUCAGGCUGAUCUUGCUUUAGCAGAAGACCGAAGCAUCGGCCCUUCUUCUGGUACCACUGCUCUUGCUACCUUUAUUUUCGGAAGACAUUUGAUGGUGGCAAAUGCGGGAGAUUGCAGAGCCGUUCUUUGUAGGAAAGGUGAAGCCAUAGACAUGUCUCAAGACCACAGACCGAUCUACUUACCGGAAAGAAGAAGAGUGGAAGAAUGUGGCGGCUUCGUUGAUGACGGAUACCUAAACGGUGUUUUAUCAGUCACCCGAGCACUUGGCGAUUGGGACAUGAAACUACCACGAGGCUCACAAUCUCCACUCAUCGCAGAGCCAGAGAUCAAACAGAUAAAUCUAACAGAAGAAGACGAGUUUCUGAUAAUCGGAUGCGAUGGGAUUUGGGAUGUUUUGACAAGUCAAGAAGCCGUUAGUAUUGUCCGACGCGGGUUACGCCGCCACGAUGAUCCGAUGAGAUGUGCUAGAGAGCUUGCGAUGGAGGCUUUAAGGCUAAACACGUUUGAUAACCUAACGGUUGUUGUCGUUUGUUUCUUGUCGGUCGAUGAUGCGGCGGCGGCUGCUGCUAGUACGGUGGAGAAGCAACGAUGUUGUAGUUUGACGGCGGAGGCUUUUCAUAGCUUGAGGAGCUUAUUGGAAGGCUGA